AUGGAACAAUUCCGGCGAAUAGGAGAGGUCGUGGGAAGUUUGAAGGCUCUAAUGGUUUUGCGAGAUGAGAUUCAAAUCAACCAAAGCCAAUGUUGUUUGAUCCUUGAUAUCUUCAAUCUGGCGUUUGACACCAUUGCAGAAGAGAUCAAGCAGAACCUUGUGUUGGAAGAGAGGAACACCAAAUGGAAACCACUUGAAUAUCCCAUGAGAGAACUAUGUAGGGUGUUCAAAGAAGGUGAACUUUACAUUAGGCAAUGCUUGGACUCCAAGGAUUGGUGGGGUAAAGUCAUCUCAUUCCAUCACAACAAUGACUCUGUUGAGUUUCACAUUCACAACUUGCUCUGUUAUUUCCCUGCUGUUAUUGAGGCCAUUGAAGUUGCCGGUGAGGUGUCCGGACACGAUCAGGAUGAGAUGAAAAGGAAGAGAGCUAUGUUAAUGAGAAAGUAUGACAGGGCAUGGAAUGAACCUAAACUUUUUCAAAGGAGAUUUGGGAAGCAAUAUUUGGUCUCUGGUGAAAUCAGCAAGCAGUUUGAGAAUGCUUGGAGGGAAGAUCGUUGGAGGCUCAUAGAAUUACUCAAGGAAAAGAUGACUUCUACCAGAGUUUCUCUGACAAAGAAUGAGCAUGGCCUUGCAGAUAUGCUUAUCAAGAAACUACUAAAUGGGCCUGAGAAAUUGAACAAAAAACUUUUCCCCACUUCAAUCCUGUUGGGCUCUAAGGAUUACCAAGUGAGGCGAAGAUUGGGGAGCGGAAGAGAGUUUAAGGAGAUUCAAUGGAUGGGACAAAGCUUUGCCUUGAGGAAUGUGAAUGGAGAGAUGCAAAUACCAGAAACAGAGAUUUGUACUCUGUUAUCUCUCUCACACCCCAACAUAGUGCAGUAUCUUUGUGGGUUUCAUGACGAGGAAAAGAAGGAAUUUUUUCUUGUGAUGGAGUUGAUAAACAAGGAUCUUGAGAGCUAUAUAAAGGACAACUAUGGUCCAAGGAGACAAAUCUUGUUCUCUAUCCCUGUAGUAGUGGAUAUCAUGCUUCAAAUAGCAAGAGGCAUGGAAUACCUCCACUCUAAAAAAGUAUAUCAUGGAGAUCUUAGCCCUUGCAGUAUCUUGCUCAAGUCUAGGAAUUCCCAAGAAGGCUAUUUUCAAGUAAAAGUAACAGGAUUUGGUUCAUCCAUGAAGAUCGGUAAUAAUCAAUUCUCAUCAUGCCAAAAUCCCCUUCAAGAAGAGGCGAAUCCUUCCAUUUGGUAUUAUGCACCUGAAGUUCUAACUGAGAUAGAACAUAAGACUAAUAUAUCCAAUUCUAACUAUAAGUACUCCGAGAAAGCAGAUGUCUAUAGUUUUAGCAUGGUAUGCUUUCAGUUAUUGACAGGAAAAGUGCCUUUUGAAGGAAAUGGGUCAAAUAGAAAUAUCAAAGAAGGGGAAAGGCCACUCUUUCCAUACCCUUCACCAAAAUACGUUGUUAACUUGAUUAAAAAGUGUUGGCAAACUGAUCCAAGCCUUCGUCCAACAUUCUCUUCUAUUUGUAGGAUCUUACGCUCCAUUAAGAAAUUCCUAGCCAUCAAUACUGAGUUUCUUAUCAUCAAUCCUGAACUUAACCAGCUUGAAUUGACGUGCCCACCAGUGGAUUAUUGUGACAUAGAAGCACUAUUUCUCAAGAGCUUCCAAACAGAGAAGGCGUCUCUUUCACCUUAUGUAUCACAGAUACCUUAUGAAAUGUUUGCUUAUAAGAUUAUCGAGAAAGAGAAGAUUAGUCCAAGCAUAACUAAAGAUAAGAGCUUUGAAUCUUUAGGAGGCUCAAUCUGCAAGGAAGAGAAUUUUAAGGAUGAAAAUGCAGCCACGUUAGAAGAUCCAAGCCUGCUUGCAACAGAUACGAAGUCAUCUUCUGACUUACAAUCUAUUUGUUCGGAGGUCCAGGUCAAGAAAUCUACAAGAAUAAAGUGGCAAACAAAACAUGAGACCAAAAAAGAUCAAGGAGCACUAAGGCUGCAACCAUCAAGAUCAUUAGCAACAAAAGAAGCCAAUCAUAAUUCAAGAAUGAUCAAAGGGAAUCGAUUGGCAUCAAGCAUUAGUAGAAUAAGGGCUCCCCAAGUUCUAGACUCCAAGAACAACAUAGGGAGUCAAUCAACAUCAUUGAUAAAAUCUUCGAGUUCAAUUAGAAGAAUCAGACAUGGGCAAGUCACUAGUCCUAAGAGCAUGUCAAAGACAAAAACUGGUAAUGAGUCAUCAUUAACAAGACGUGGGCAUUUCCCUGAUUUUAAAAGUAGCUUGCAGAUGAAGAAAGGGAUUGAAUCACCAUUGACAAGAAGCAGUCACGUCUUAAAUUAUAAGUCAAGUUUGAAGAUGAAGAAAGGGAAUGAAUCACCAUUGAUGGGGAGCACAAGAAAAUUAAGGCAUCCCAAUUUAAAGAUGACAAGUAGGAAUAUGUCACCUUAUGCAAUGAGUCCUUUCAGUUUCAAUACAUGCUCGAGAAGAUGCGGUCAAGUCUCGAAUUUUGAUCUCUCUUACAAGAUGGACAGAGGAAGAAUAUCUCCAUUUGCAAUGAGCCCUUUAAGCCCGUAUGCAAGGACCUGUGGUCACAUCUCUCAAUCUCAAAGAAGUUAUAAUAUGAAAAGAGCAAGCUUGUCGCCACUGAAAUUGAGCCCUUUAAGUCCAUAUAUGCAAAGAAAUGGUCACAUCUCAGAUUAA